CAUAACGUUUUAAGUAUUUGUCAAUGUUGUAUAUUGUCGAUAUGUGUUUAACCGUAAAUAGCUAAAUAAAUUUUCCGUAUAAUUCGCGCCGUUUUUAUCAAUAUCCAAAUUCAAUUGUUCAAUAUCAAAAUUCUGUAAUGUGAUUGCACCAAAUCGAAGCGAAUCGAAAUUUGUGAAGAAGCAAUAUCAAACGACUAUUGCUUCGAGUCCUCGCGCAACAAAGCGAGAGAGGACGCGCGCGAGAGAGAGCGGGACAAGGACAGGCAUAGGGAAAGGGACAGCCAGAGAGUGAGAGAGAGAGAGAGAGAGAGAGAUAGAGCCUUACUGACCGAGAGCAAGAGCGAGCCAAUUGCCAAGCAAAGCAAAGCAAAGCGAAAGCGAAAGCGAAGAAGCUCUUGACGCACUUGCCAAGAACGCAAGAAAACCGAAUCAAGUCACACACACAACACCAACCCAGGGGCCAGCACACAAAUUGUUUAUAUCGCGCUCGCUGCUAACCGCGGCGUUUAGUUUGAUUUGCACGGCAAGUGCAGGCGGGCGAGUUGCGAGCCACAGGCGAAAGUCAACAACAGCUUUGAGUGUUGGCAAGGCCGAGACAAGACUAGACAGGAUAGAGAUAGAAUAGAAUAGGAUAGGACCGAACCGUACCUGAAUUGACCUGAUCUAAUAUAUUGGCAGCUAUUGGCCAAGUUAUUGGCCCAAUUCGUUCGCAUUGAGUACGAACUCUGCGCGUUUGUGUAGCUCAGCCCAGCAGAAUGCAUAUCUAUCUGGAAGAUAUCCUGCAGGUGCAUCUGCUCAAGAUUUAUGACAACAUGCAACGCUUUAACAGCAACAAUACCAAUACCAACAACCAAAACAACAACAACAGUGUCAACAGCAGCAGCAGCCAGCAUAAGCGCUGCUCACAGAAAUAUAACAUAGGCUCAGCCGCCGCCACAGCAGGCAAUUAUCAGCAGCAACAGCAACAGCAGCAACAGCAACAGCAGCAACAGCAGCAGCAACAGCAGCAGCAGCAACAGCAAUGCAACAACAGUCGCGCCGCACGCAAGGCACGCUACAAUAACAAACGCCAGGAGACUCAAGGAUCGAACGGCUCCUACAACAUGCAGAAGCGCGCCAAUGCAGCCGCAGUUGCUGCCGCCGCCGCUGCCGCAGUCGCUGGCAACACAUCGUCCUGGCAACGCUAUGUAAAUUCUUCAUGCAUCGAAGGUGAGUCCAACAACAACAACAACAACAGCAGCAACUUGAUCUGAUUCAUGCAUAUAAAU